AUGGUGGCUGAGUUGCUGAGAGCCCAAACACAGAUGCAACAGCAAAUGAUCCGUGAUCGGAUUCAGUUGCAGACACAAAUUCCUGACGUUCGUGAUAUGAACCAAACCAUGCCAACGACCUGGAAUCAUACCUGGAUACCACCCUCGGUGGAUCCUCCGCAUGGUUCUUUGGGUGGUCCUUCAACCUUACAAACUCAAACGAUUAAUACCUACCGUGGUCUUAGAACGUCACAUAUCCAAGAACCAAUUAAUCAACCAUCUCAUUUAUAUCCCAAUUAUUCGCUAUCCGGUCCACCACAAUCACGACCAAAUCAAGACACUAUAUUCGACGAAUCUGCCCAAGCGGAUGCAAUGGAUAGGAAAUUCACAGCCUUACCAUCAUGGUUGGGUUGA